UUCCCAUGCCCUGAGUGCAAGAAAGCCUUCAAAUUCAAGCACCACCUGAAGGAACACGUUCGCAUACACACUGGGGAGAAGCCCUUCGAGUGUCGCAACUGCGGCAAGCGUUUCAGCCAUUCCGGUAGCUUCACCCUGACGGGCCACAACAAGCAGCACCACCGAAUUUAUGCCUGCCCUACAUGCGGUAAAAAGUUCAUAAAGAGCCACCACCUAAAAACCCACAUCAACAUCCACACGGGUUCGAAGCCCUUCAUUUGCAAACAAUGCGGGGCUAAGUAUGGCAACUCUGGUACUUUGAGUACCCAUAAAAAAAGUGUGGUCAGGAGGUAG